UCGGGCGGGCUGGCCCGGGACAGACGCCGUGGGGAGUCGUGGGUCCGGCUCGGGCCAUGGACGCGGAGCCGCCGCUGUACCCGGAGGCGGGGGCCGCGGGGCCCCAGGACGAGGGGGACCAGCUCCGGGUCCCGGACGGGCCCGAGGCCCUGCUGGACGAGCUGGUGGGCGCCUACCCCAACUACAACGAGGAGGAGGAAGAGCGCCGCUACUACCGCCGCAAGCGCCUGUGCGUGCUCAAGAACGUGCUGGCGGCCAGCGCGGGCGGCGCGCUCACCUACGGCGUCUACCUGGGCCUCCUGCAGAUGCAGCUGAUCCUGCACUACGACGAGACGUACCGCGAGGUGAAGUACGGCAACAUGGGGCUGCUGGACAUCGACAGCAAGGUGCUCAUGGGCAUCAACAUCACGCCCAUCGCCGCCCUGCUGUACACGCCCGUGCUCAUCAGGUUCUUUGGCACCAAGUGGAUGAUGUUCCUGGCUGUGGGCAUCUACGCCCUCUUCGUCUCCACCAACUACUGGGAGCGCUACUACACGCUGGUGCCCUCGGCCGUGGCGCUGGGUAUGGCCAUCGUGCCGCUCUGGGCCUCCAUGGGCAACUACGUCACCAGGAUGGCGCAGAAGUACUACGAGUACACCCACUACAAGGAGCAGGACGAGCAGGGGCCAAGGCAGCGGCCCCCCCGGGGCUCCCACGUGCCCUAUCUCGUGGUCUUCCAAGCCAUCUUCUACUGCUUCUUCCACCUGAGUUUCGCCUUCGCGCAGCUGCCUAUGGUUUACUUCCUGAACCACUACCUGUACGACCUGAACCACACGCUGGCCAAAGUGCAGAGCUGUGGCACGAACAGCCAGGGCAUCCUCAUUGGCUUCAACAAGACGGUCCUGCAGACGCUGCCACGGAGCCGAAACCUCAUCGUGGUGGAGAGCGUGCUGAUGGCGGCCGCCUUCCUGGCCAUGCUGCUGGUGCUGGGCCUGUGCGGUGCUGCUUACCGGCCCACCGAGGAGAUCGACCUGCGCAGCGUGGGCUGGGGCAACAUCUUCCAGCUGCCCUUCAAGCACGUGCGUGACUUCCGCCUGCGCCACCUCGUGCCCUUCUUCGUCUACAGCGGCUUCGAGGUGCUGUUUGCCUGCACUGGCCUGGCCCUGGGCUAUGGCGUGUGCUCCCUGGGGCUGGAGCAGCUGGCCUACCUCCUUGUGGCCUACAGCCUGGCUGCCUCUGCCGCCUCCAUCUUGGGCCUGCUGGGGCUGUGGCUGCCACGCUCGGUGCCCUUGGUGGCAGGGGCUGGGCUGCACCUGCUGCUCACCCUCGGCCUCUUUUUCUGGGCCCCUGUGCCCAAGGUCAUGCAGCACAGCUGGGUGCUGUACAUGGUAAUCGCGCUCUGGGGUGUGGGCAGCGCCCUCAACAAGACCGGACUCAGCACACUCCUGGGGACCCUGUAUGAGGACAAGGAGAGGCAAGACUUCAUCUUCACCAUCUACCACUGGUGGCAGGCCGUGGCCAUCUUCUUCGUGUACCUGAGCACGGGCCUGCCCAUGAAGGCUAAACUGGCGGUGUUGAUGGUGACGCUGGUGGCCGCCACGGCCUCCUACCUGUGGAUGGAGCAGAAGCUGCGGAGGGGCCUGGCCCCGCGCCAGCCCCGCAUCCCGCGGCCCCAGCACAAAGUGCGCGGCUACCGCUACCUGGAAGAGGACAACUCGGACGAGAGCGAUGCGGAGCAAAGGGGCGCCGAAGGCGGGGGCGACGGCGCCGAGGAGGACGGCGCGCCGCCCGCGGGGGCCCGGCCCGGCCCAGAGCCCGAAGGCCCGUGCCGCCGGCCCUGCCCCUACGAGCAGGCGCUGGGGGGCGACGGGCCAGAGGAGCGCUGAGGGACCCCAGGGCGCGGCCUCAGCUCACUGCGGCUUGGGGGGCGGGGGGGCAUGAGUCCUGCACCCGCUUCGGGAAGGACCCCCGUUCCCUAACCCGCAUUGGCGACCCCCUGCAGACCCUCCGGGGCGGCGUGGGACUCUGAGACCCCUCUGGCCCGCAGGCGGCUGUGGUGUGGGGAAGGGGAGAGGCGCGGCCCAGAACAGGGAGUCGGAGUCCCCCCACACCCCGCACCCCACACCCCGCACCCCGCGUCUCCCGAGCUUUGCGCUCCCGGGCCGGGACCGCUUGUAACAGGCGCUUUGCACUUUUGCUGUGGCAGGGUUCGCCCGGAAGUGUGACCUUUCUUUUAUAAAAAAAAAAAAAACACACACAAUAAAGAGAUUU